UUAAUUGAAUUGUGACUGGUAUCUGGUUUCUAAUUAUCGGAUGGAGGUUUAAAAAGGGAAAACUGCAGAACCAGUCGAUUCAAUUGCAGAAAGAGAUGGAUCCCUUUGAAAGGGAUACCACUGCUAACUUGUCGAUGAGACAGAAGUCUGCCUUGAAGAGAAGGAUAACACGUGAACAUAACAGUAACUUUAGAGCAGGUUAUAUCAACAUUAAUGAACAGUAUUUACACAAGACAGGAAUUAGAGGACGCAAGAGAUACUUCCUUUACUGUUUAGUUACCUUACUAUUUAUUGUAGCUAUAGUAAAUGCAUUGUUGACCACAGCUGUUAUUUAUUGUAUGAGGAUUUCACCACAACAUGGAAUAGAUGCAAUGGAACACAUUCCAGAUUAUGAUCUCUUAAGAUUUAUUGGAAAGUCUGUUUUUGAUAACGUUCAGAUAUUAAAUGGAAGGAUAGGAAGUAGAGCUAACAAACAUUUAUACAUUGAUGGAAACAACAGCUCCGUUAUUAUAACAGACAAAGGAUCUGGGUUGCGGCAUCCAAAAUUAACUGUUAGUCCAAAGACAACAUCUAUAGAGAAUGUUGAAGCCAUGUCCAUUAUUGAUUCUGUGACGGGGAAAGAGAUGUUUACCACCAAAGACAGUUCAAGUCUCAAAUUAGAUGGAGAAAUUAAAAAUCUAAUUUCUCCAGAAAUUUAUCCCAACAAUAUAACCAGUUUGAAUGGCUUUCCUGAUCUAAUACUUGAAUCCAUUGGUAGUCAUCUGAACUUAACAGGAUGGGAGGGUGUUGAAAUGUCAUCUACAAAUGAGAAUAUCACAUUUUUUACAGACAAUUAUGACAUCUCCAUGUACUCUACACAUGGUAGUUUAACACUGGAUGCUGCAAAUGGUAUAAGACUUGAUGUGGAACAUAUUCCAAAACCAACUGCGUCUAACACACCAGGACCUAGAACAUAUAAAUUAUGUGUAUGCCUACCAAAUGGCCGGUUGUUUGCUGUACCAGUCACAGGGCCAGGUAUUGGUUGUCAGAAUGCUGACCCAAAUGAUGAUCCCUGUAAAUAGGAUAUUAAGUAUGUGUAUGCAUACUACAGGGCCGGUUGUUUGCUGUACCAGUCACAGGGCCAGUAUUGGAUGUCAGAAUGCUGAGCCCAAAUGAUUAUCCCUGUAAUUAAGAUAUAACAUAAAUUUGAAUUCUUACCAUUUCUCCGUCCAGAUUAGAUUUUGUGUUUUGUUUUUUCUAUAUUUAAGUGUAUUUACUAAUUAAUGGCAUUAUUUAUACUGUUGUGAGUUUAAAUAGGACAUUUAUUUUUAUAGAAACUUUUAAUCUUGCCAUAGAGUUAUCAUGGUUAUAGACAGCAAUAACUGAGUAUUACAAAUUUUUAUUUUAGUAUUUAUAUUUCCUGAAAGAAUAUCAGUAUUUUAUCAUAUAAACUUAAAACUUUGAUAAGACAUUGAUCACUUUUUGUUGUGAGUGUGAGAAUGCUUAUAAGCUGGGAAAAAUAUACCUCUAAAACCUGUCAACAUUAGAAAAAAAAAUGUUUCAUCCACUAUACUUGAACAUCUUGUAUACAAAAAUGAAUGGUUUAUACACAGAUGUAAUUAUUUUGAAUGCAAUUACAGGACAGUAGUUUUAUUUAUACAAUACUGUGGAUUCAUUAUUAUUCGUUAGAUACCAAUUUUCGUGGCUUUUGUGGGUACAAGUGAACCAUGAAUUCAUAUAUUUAACGAAUUACAAAUUUUCUAUACCCAUUGUAAACAGAAAUCGGCAAGUUUUCCUUAAUCCACGAAAAUUGAUACCCACAAAAAUAAAUGAAUCCACAGUAACAGCUUUUCUGUUUAACAAUUCAAAAAACCCUACAUAUUUAUGUUUUUGAAAUAUGAGCAGAUUAUACCUACAUCUGGGCAUUUUGCAAUAUUUAUUGAUGUCAUUGAUUUGAUAUGUAGAUAAGUGUGUAGAUACAUGUUGUUUUGAUACAUUGAUAUUGAUAUACAAAUUUGGUGCUAAAUUAAUAUGUCAUACCUCAUUUUAAGUUGUAUUUUAAAGGUUGAAAAACUAUGCUCUGUAAUUUCAGAAAUUGAAAUUAUUGAUGUAGUAAUUUGAAAAAUGUUAUUGCAUUCAGAUCAUAUGAUUUGUAAGUUGCAUUUUUGUGUUAAUGUGAUUAUAAAUAUUUCAGUAAGUGAUUACUAUUAAGUCCCUAUGUAUUUUAGUAAACAUUUGAUUAGAUAUUACUAAAUAAGGAUGGUGCUAAUAAUUGGUAUUGUCAACAGAUCCUUGUUGUUGACAGAAAAUGAAUAGCCUCUUUAACAGUUUGUUUCAUAUUUAAAUUUGUUUUGAAUAUUUUAAUGCCCCACCUACGAUAGUAGAGGGGCAUUAUGUUUUCUGGUCUGUGCCUCCGUUCGUUAGUCCGUCUGUGCGUCCGUUCGCUUCAGGUUAAAAUUUUUGGUUAAGGUAGUUUUUGAAGAAGUUGAAGUCCAAUCAACUUGAAACUUAGUACACAUGUUCCCCAUGACAUGAUCUUUCUAAUUUUAAUGUCAAAUUAUAGUUUUGACCCCGAUUUAAUGGUCCACUGAACAUAGAAAAUGAUAGUGUGAAGUUCAGGUUAAAGUUUUUGGUCAAGGUAGUUUUUGAUGAAGUUAAAGUUACAUCAACUUGAAACUUAGUACACAUGUUCCCUAUGAUAUGAUCUUUCUAAUUUUAAUUCCAAAUUAAAGUUUUGACCCCAAUUUCACGGUCCAAUGAACAUAGAAAAUGAUAGUGUGAGUGGGGCAUUCAUGUACUAAGGACACAUUCUUGUUUAGAUCAGUUAUAAUUACCAAUUAUUUCAUACAACUAUUUGGAUUAUAGAAAAUUGAUGGCUACUAGUUGCAAACUGGGAAAGGUUAAGAUAUCUUACACACUAUAACAAGCAUGAAUUAUGGUUCUUGAACUUUACUAAUAUGAUAAAAGUCACAUAUACUUAUAUUUUACAUAUAUAUUUACAAAUAAUAUAGAAGUUUUAGGAUUUUUCUAUUCAACAGAUCACUAAAAUAAAAAUGGCAUUUUUAUUGCUAACAUUUGUGGAUUAAGAUAUUUUUUGUUAUAUAUGCACAAUUAUAGACUAGUUGAUAGAAAUCUGUCUCUAUCAAGUGAUAAUUGAUUUUAUAGUUUGAAUUCUUAACACUCAAAUAUUUAUGACAGCAGGAUAUUUAUUAUACCUUUUAUAAAGAUGAGUCAAAUUUAAAGGCCAGUCUGGAAUGAGAUUAUUUUUUUACUGUAUUUGUUUAUUGUAAUGCAACUGAUUUUAAAGAUAGAACUUAAAAAUCCAAACCACACAGAUAUUUAUAUAUUUAUAUAGUCACAAAAUCUUUAUAGUGCAAUAAAAAACCAACCAUGACCUCAUUUAACUAUAAAGUCAAAUUUAGUUUUACUAAUAAAUUGAUUUGUUUUUAAAACCUCAUGUAUUUGUAAACCAUGUUUUUGACCUUUAAAAUCAUAGAUGUUUAUUUUUUUUUAUAUAUUUUAAUGCAUUUACCAAAAUAAAUCUUAGAAACUUCAUUUGAUCUUUUUCUAUGAAUAAUUUCAAUAAGCAGUAGCCGUUUUUGAUUCACUAUUAUAUUAGGGAAAAUCCUUGAAAACUAUUUUGUCAAAGUUGAUAAUUUUAGUUUAAUAUUGAUUUGACUUUAAAAUUCUAUAUUAAAUAAAUUAGUAUUUUUUCUGACCUUUAAUCAUAUGUUUGAUAUUUUUUUUCUGACCUCUCCAAGGUCAUAUACAUUAAAAAUGAGUAACCGUGACAAAGACAGGAAACACAUUUAAUGAGAUUUAAUUCUAUACAAAAGUUAUAUAUUUGUAUUAUUAUUUUAUAUUUAUACAUAUAUAUAAAAAGGGCAAAAGUAGCAUUAUUUAUUGAGUACAUUAAACUAAAAUUUAUGUUAAGCAUUAAAACUGAAAAAUAGUAUUGAGAACCUAAAAGCUGGGUUUUAUAUUUUAUAUUGAUUGCUUAUAAUGGAAUUAUUUGUGUAUUGUUUAAUUCAGCCAAACUUAGGUUUACACCUUCAAUAUGUUAGCAAUAGGUAUAAUGGGUGUACAUUUAAUUGUGAUUCAAGAAGUCAUAUGCUGAAAUUUUGUGCAUGAAUAAAAAACUAUUUUAGCAGAAA